GCCACCAGGGGGCGCUGCUUUUCGGAGUUACGUGUCGUCAUCUACGUGUAGAGAGCACAAAACACAAUAAGGAAGUGGAGAGAAGCGGAAGUGGAAUCAUCCCUAACAACAACACGGAAAAUAGACUGCACACAGGGCCGGCGACAUGAACAACAAGGGACAGUACCCUACUCCUCCAGCCUAUCCAUCCCAGGCUCCCAAUCCUCAGUCUGUCUAUCCACCAGCAGCCAUGCAUCUCCCUCAGGCUCCUCCCUACACAGAUGCUCCUCCUGCUUAUUCUGAGCUUUAUCGCCAGGGGUAUGUUCACCAACAAGCUGCUAAUAUGGCUCCUAUGCAUGGAACCUAUCCGGGAACCUCCAUGUAUUUGCCAAUGGCCCAGACAAUGCCAGUUGGACCAAUGGGUUCCUCCGUUCCUAUGGCUUACUACCCCAUUGGACCUGUGUAUCCCCCGGGUUCCACUGUCUUAGUUGAUGGAGGAUUUGAUUCUGGAGCAAGGUUUGGUGCAGGAAGUUCAGGGAAUGUGCCGCCCCCACCUCCUGGUUGCCCUCCCAAUGCAGCUCAGCUGGCUGCCAUGCAAGGUGCCAACGUCAUAGUCACACAGAGAAAAGGCAACUACUUUAUGGGUGGCUCAGAUGGCGGUUAUACCAUGUGGCCUUUCAGUGCUUUCAAGCGCCUGUAUGGUAACACGAAAUGACGACUUGUAGACACUGAACAAUUGAAGGACCCCUGAAAGAGCUAUCUACAGAUAACUUCACUUUCAGAUCUGGCUUGGCAUAUAAUCCCCAUGUUUCAUGGCUCUUAAAAGGAGUUGUCCCAUGGCCUUACUUCCGGCUCCUCCGGCCUGAUUUUAAUGUGAGUUCCAUAAACACCAGGACUACGCUGCUUGCGUAACUUCCAUUGAAGUCAAUGUGAGUUACAUAAAUUGUGUAACUUCCCUGCUUUGGCAGUUUUUGGCUUUCCAGGCCACCUCUGGCCACUGCAAACAGGCCAUAGGAGUCUGCAAAGCCGGAAAUAAGGAGAUGCUACCUCCACUAGGUGGCAGUGAGGAGUAAGCUUUUGCUUUUCUGGAAGAGAGCUUCUUUGUUACUUCGUUUUAAAAUUAGAGCACUAACGUUGAAGUGAGGAAAUAGAAUGUAUUCCACUUGUUCUGACAUCCAGAAUCAAGUCAGAUUAAACUAAAUAUUAGAUUUUUGACCAACUUAGACUCUGUUCAUGGCUUAAGUAGUGUACAGGGGACAAAUGUUAAGCACUUGAAGUAAUCCAGCCAACAAAAUGAGGAAAUAUUGAGAUUUAUUUGACUUUAUGCUGCGUUACAUACUUUCUUUACUUCAACAUAAAUGUUGUGUGCUAUGUUUAUACUAUUUUGGGUGCUAUCGUACCACUCGGUUAGCAAAAAGCAAACUCAUUUAUAAAUUAUUUUAUAGUCAUUAUUUUGCCUUGUGCCAUGUAGAAAGAAUUGUAGACGACACUCACCAGCAUCGUAGCUUCGUGAAAUCUUUAAUUUGCAGACAUAGGUGCGGUGUCAGGCAGAUAUCUAGGCAGGAACGCCGAGGACCUCAGUGUGGACACCGCACCUAUGUCUGCACAAGAUUUCAUGAAGCUACGAUGCUGGUGAGUGCCAUCUACAAUUCUUUUCUACAUGGCAUAUUGGUAUUGUCUAUUUUGUCUCUAAGACUGAACACCUAUACAGCUACGUUGGCUUUUUUCAACACACCUGUGCUUGUCUAUGCUCCGUGAUUGACAUUAGCAGUGCCGGAUUGUGGGCCUUGUUUGAUAUUAUUUUGCCUUGUCCCUUCACUAUCCAGUCAGUCGCAAUUUGCUUUUUAACUGUCUGGCAAGUAAUAAUAUACACUGUAAAAUUGACUAUGACCCAAUUCACUCCUUGUUUCUGCUUCCUGUGAAUGGUGAACAUACUGACAGUAAGGUAUGCUAAUGUGUACUGUGGCAUAUGAACAGCAACCCCUCAGAUUAAAUGUAAUCUACUAUUGACUAUGUUCUUUCAAUUUCUGGAACUUAUUAUUAUUAUUAUUAUUGCAUGUGCUUUUUCACGCUUGUAACAUGCUUUCCCAUAUCUCAAAAUAUAAAGAAUAUUUGUAAUAAAUGAACCAAGUCACCACUGUGUGCAGUGUUACACAUAAUACAUGCUGAUAGGGCUGAAUGAUUUAGGGAAAAUGUUGUGAUUAUGGCAGCUAAUAUAACGAUUUCAAU